AUUCGUUGCUGUACUGACACGUUUACUCCACAUGAGCACGUUUUAUUUUCUUGUGAUAAAUUAAAUUUAGAUGUAAUUUUAAUCUACAAUUUUUCCAUCGCGAGAAGUAAAGCUUUUAUUCGAAGACGAACACCAGGAAAAAUAUUGACUCAGCUAUUUUGGUAAAAGGUUUUUAUUUACUCACCAAGGUAUGGAUUUUAAGCAACUGAUGAACUUGGCCUCGCAGAAUAAAGCUCGAGCACCAAAACAGGUAAUUAUAAUGAUUAAUAUUUCUAUUACUGUAUGUAUGGCUAAAGCUUAAAGCUGAUCUGAAAGCAAGAACAAUCAUGAGAAAUAAAUGUCAUUAUUAUAUGGCUGAGUCUGUUUUCACCAUGUGAUUGGUCAAUUUGCGGUCCAUAACUUGCUAUACAGACCAAAAUUUCGAAGAAAAUGCUCCUUUCAGAGCUCUAAAUCUCUUUACCUCGGAAAAAAUGUUGAAAUUAAGUUACAAGACGUCUAUCAACCUUGAUUUUGACUUUGUCCUUCAACAUUUUAGACUGUGAUUAUUUGUGAAUGAAGGUGAUGAAGAAAGUAACUCGUGAUCUUAUCGAAGAGGAUUCUAGUCAGUGUUUGAAAGUUUUAUCGUAGUACACAGUUAAGAAGACAAAAAUCGACUGGCAGAGAUUCGAGAUGUUUUGCCUAAGAGAAAAUGAGUAAUUCUUUCGACAAAUAUGAUAACAAACAUGCCUGCACCCGAUCAUCUUUCCAAAGACCAAUGAAAGAAAGAUAGAAGCAACUUCGAGCCAGACACAAUUGGACACACAGUGGCUUACAAUUCAAGAGUUGGUUGUUUCCGGGGGGGGGGGGUUAGGGUUAGGGUUAGGGGGGGUCCAACAGUACUGUAAGGCCUUGAUGACUUUGGUGUUAAGGAUAGGUUAUGGGAGGUGCUCGCACAAAUUAGUGGUCACACAUAGCUUGACCUUGACGUCAAUCUCUUACUCUUUCUUAAAACCUACUGUAUCAGUUAAUUCUAAAAGCAGUUAUGACUGGUACUUAGAAGUCUACAAUUUUUUGCCUGGAGUUGUUGAGCUCUAUGGCACAAUGGCUGGGCUUGCAAAAGGUGCAGAACAGCCUUUUACGCACUGCAGCAGUCUUUUAUGUUAGGAGAAAAAUAGCUAUAAAAUUUUCUUUGAAAUAAGAUUCAAGUAUAGAUUUAUUUGGCAUUUCACAGAGUAACUAUAAUAAGGUUUUCUAAAUGUAGGAAACCAGAGAUGUGGCUUCAAAGAAUAACAAAUCUAACCAGAGUGGGGUGUCAGAUGAGGCUGUGAAAGCCUUUCUGGCAAAGAAAGAACUCGAAAAGAAGAGGAAAGCAGGUAAGACCUUUGAUUAAUAGAAAAUCAAAUCCCAGAUUUGUAGUUCUUACAGUUUUUGUUCCACCUCUGUUGACAGAUGAUUAAUUUUUUGUGAGCUUUGUGUGUUACAGGUGCUGGUGUACAUGUAUUUAAACAAAACAAUCUAUCAAAAAACAUAGUAAUGUGGUAAGUCAAAAUUGACCAACCACUUAAGCGUUAACAAUAUCACAUGGUUUAUCAGGGGGCAACAAGUGAAAACAUUUCCCAUGCAAGAAAUGACAAUGAAAGUUUGAAAUGAAAGUUUGUUUAUUCUAGAUUAAUGGCAAAUAUUUAUUAUGGGUGGAAGUGAUUGUUGUUAUUUUUUUGGAUAGUCAUAUUAGCAAAUUUUAUCACUUAUUUGCCCCCUGUAAUAUCACAUGACAUUACUUUUAUCCCAUUGAACUUUAAGUCUGUGCUAAGAUGGCAGGUCUUGUGAAUAAGAUCGGUAGGGGUUUGGUGUACUCUUUGGGGGUGGUGGAGCCAAGUCCUACAGGCUGAGCUUGUAGGGUAAUCUUGACAACCCUGUAAGCAACAACGACCAGGCACAAUCAUGGCAUAUAGCAGUGAGAAAAAAUUUGCACUUGGUACUUGCUUUUAUGAGGGAUGUUGCAACACAAAAUGUAACAAAAAAAAUUUGGCAGGAUAGUUGCAGAAUCACAGGUUGGACUCCCUGGAAAAACCCCUCUGUCUACAGCCCCACAGCGGGGAAGGAUUACUGGUCAGCUGUUUUCUUGAGUUUAGCCUGAGUCAGUUAUUUUAGUGACAUGUAAUUUAUUAAAGUUAUUGGUUUCCGUGAUUGUCCAUACAGCUGAGGAAGAGGCUGCAAGGAGAGCUAGGAUUGAAGAACGCUUGACUCAAUCUCUUGGCAUCAAGAAGAAAGAAUCAGUAAAUGGUACAUCUCAUGAUAAAACAGCCAGUAAUGAACAGAAGGGUACGUCUCACAAAAUUAAAUCAGGUGAAAAGCAGGCAGAUAGAAUAAAUAUGAAACAGAAUGAUCACAGAUCUACAAAACAACCACAGAAGAUAACUUCAAAGAAGUUUGAAAGAGAAAAAACAAGACCAUCUCUUGAACCUGUCAAUAAGACUAGUGAAGGGAGUUCAUCGUCUAGAAAAGUUCAUAAAAGGCCAGGGAAGGACAAAAAAGGACCACCCAUGGAUUUCAAAGCUCUUCUAGCUAUGGCUGAGAGAAAUAAAGAUGGUGGAGCUAAAUUGUCAACUGCAAUGGCGCAAGGAAGUAGUAAAAAACAUGAAGAAAACAGUGAUGUGGAAGAACAUGUGAGAAAAAAGGAAGAACGACUGAAAAAGAAGGAAGAGCACAUGAAAAAAUCUGAUAGAAGUUCAGAGCAAAGAAAAGUUCUCGAAACGAAACAGGCUUCUUCUAGUAAGUCUGUGAGCAAAGGUAAAACAAAUGGACAAAUGCAUUCUAAAGGAUCUUUACAAUUUAAAGGUGAAGGUAUUCCUGGCAAAACACAGCCUUCCAGGCAAAUUCAAGAUAGUAAACGAGAUUUGAAACAUUCAGAGUUAGUUAAUGCGAGAAGACAAACAGGAAUUGAAAGAAAAACUUUACCUUCAAUGGCAGCUUCAAUAAGUCACAGAAAAUCGGUUAGCUCCAAGACAAUGCGGCCUAAUAAUGAUAGGAUGCUUAUGAGGGAAGGACAUGUACCAAAAAGAAGGGAUCGUGAUAAUCUUAAGAGAAAGAGGAAUCCUUUUGAGGAUGAAAUGGAUGACUUCAUUGAUGAUGGAGAUGGCGAAGAAGUUGAUGUUUCAAAGUAUAUUAAGGAAAUAUUUGGUUAUGACAGAACAAGGUUUGUAAUGACUUGUUUACCAGCUAUACUGUUAAAAUAUUCAUCUAAAAUCCAUUCAGGUCAUUAAUUUGUCAUCCACUUAGCCAGUGCCAUAAUCUUGCAACCCGAUGUGUAGGAUUAGCCUGUGAAUACAGUUGUCUCUUUUC